GAAAUGCUUUUUUAUUAGAAUUUAAUUGACACAUUUUGCCAACUAAAUGCUAUCAGUCCUCCGAUUUCGAACUGUAGCCAACUAAAUGUACAGAGAUUAAAGUGGUCCAGUUUUGGAAAUCAGCAGCGGAUAUCGGAUAUCAGUAGAGAGCAUGAUCACAAAUGUUUAAUUACAGUAUUGGGUAAUUAACAUGUUUAGGUGUGUUCCAUAAUUAUAUCUCCCAGCUGACGGGAGUGUAGACAAGUGCUGUUCAGAAAAUCCUACAAGUUGUAAAAUAUCAUUAAGACAGGGUCAAUAGGACAGCCGGUGGUUCCCAGCCACUCGUGCAAGGAGCUCCUCAUUAAACUAGCAACUUGGAUUCAACGUCUCGUGUUCCGUGGAUAAAACAUAAAGGAACGUAUGGAUUUUAAGAUUGAAGAUGUGCAAGUCGGAAACUUAGUGUUUUAUCUUCAAGACAUUAUUCUAGAGUGCAUUGAUCGUGAAGAAAUGGUCGCAAAUGGCGCAGUUUCUCCAAGAUGUAUAAUGUGGGACAGCAGUACUGAACCAAUGUAGGGACGGGGAAUGUUCUUGUACAUAACACUUGUUGACUGUGUGAUGUAGGGACCCUCGUUGUUGGUCGUGUACAUCCGCCAUGGGUACGAUGCAGAAAGUGAGUCUGCCACCACUGCGGAGUGGCCUGCAAGUUAGUGUGGCGGCGCGGGAGCCCCCGGAACGCAGUUGGACGCGCUAUAAGAAGGUGCUCAUUGACAAUCCAAGGGAUUCUAACCUCCUCCAGCGGCAGAAGCUGUGGAACUUCCAGAAGCUGAACCGUGGGGCGUUUCGCUCCCAACUAGCGUCCCUGCCGGACAUUCCUUACCGUGUACAUACAAACACGGUGGAGCGGGUCAGCGUUGGCGUGCAGGCCGACCUCACCCACAGGUUCAAUCAGGGGCUCCGGGUCAUCUUUCCCAACCUGACCGCCUAUCGCUCUUGGUGCCUGUCUGAACAACCCGAAAACGAUGCUAGCGACGAGGGACUUACAAGCGAACAGAGGAAUAAGGCGUGCUCGCCGAUGACGGCUCAUGUAAACACUACUGAUUAUUCAGAUGAUUUUGAGGACGACAGUUCAUACGAAGAUCUUGGAUUUGAUUUUGAUACGGUUGUGCGUAAACACAACGCUGGAACAAUGACUGAUUCCAAGUGGAAUGGUGAAAGACUGCCAAUACAUAGAGAAAGACGGAAGAAAACUGUGAGGGAAAGAAACGCAGCCGCAGGUAAGCGUUCAAUUCUUAAAACGAAGAAAACGCCACGUCCAUUUAGUGCCACCAGGAAAAAUGUGAAAUUUAACAGUAAUGAAAAUACUGACGACAGCCAGGAUGUGUUAGAAUUUGAGCAUCCCGACGUUGAAAGUGCUGAGGAGGAAGAGACGCCAGUGGUUCCAAAAAUAGAAAUAACCGGUCUGGAGCGUGAGCCGCCUAUUUCCAGAGUGUCGUCUGCGUUAAGUGUGUCAUCAAGCGACAGUCACGGGUCACCGCUUACGCUGCCUUUGGGAAACAUUGGCCAUUCUAGCCAUUUGUCGUUAGAAAACCUUUCUAUUCUGGACUAUAUUUCCGGUAACAACACAGAGCGCUCCUACAGAGGGAACGGACGGAAGGCGUACACGUCGCGCGAAGAGGUCAGCAGAGGACAGUUGGCUGACCGGGACGCUGACCGACAGUGGUUCGAGAAGCUUGUGGGCGGAGAUAAGGAAAUAGUGAAUGUGGCGACAUACGACAACUUUGCAAGGGUAAGACCAAUGUUGGAGAGCGGUCAGUCAGACUCUAACGAUAAACUUGACUUCAAACAACCACUGCGCAAAAACCAGACUCCAAAGUUGAACGACGAGUUUCCGGCCUACAGACAGGUGAUAUCGAAGGCUGGUCACCCGGCAAAAGGCGUAAGCAGCUCGCCGUCCGUCAACAGAGGCAAAAGACGGGGAACGUUUAAUAUAGGAAAAUUUUACUGAUAUGCCCGACAUUGUAUAUUAAUAUUCUGGUCAUACCAGUCAUCUUAAUUUAAAACGUCCUUGCGAUGCAUUUUCCAGGGAAAAUAUCCAUCUCUAAUAGAGCACUUGGGUGUCGCCAUUUGUUAUAUUAUUUAUAAUAAUAAUAAUAAUAAUAAUAAUAAUAAUAAUAAUAAUAAUAAUAAUAAUAAUUAUUAUUAUUAUUAUUAUUAUUAUUAUUAUUAUUAUUAUCAUUAUUAUUGGACCUAUAUCGUUACGCAACUGUUAAGAUAUACAUGUUCAUGUACACCAUGUAAUCGUUAUUAAAACUUGCUUGGUUUUCGUUGAUGGAAGUUCACGUGAAACCAGACUCCUACUGGCGACGUAACUUAUACAUUCAUACAUUCAUAUACAUGAAACUUUGUGUAUAUAUUAAUUUCAUUUUAUGAUAUGAUCAUGUAGUUUAUAGAAAUUUAUAAGUGAUUCAAACUAUGAAAAUAACAUAUUGAUACUUUUCACUGCCGGUUUGUAAAUUUUAACUCAUUCUCACGUCCAAAUCAAACGUUAGCCCGCACAGGGCUGGUACACAAAACUCACGAUCAAUUCGGCACCAUGUUAUU